UUAAGAAUGUUUGUAUAACGUAAGGAGUACACAUACUAUACAGUUUUUGUAAAGAUUCACACCUGAGCGCCACAUUACAUUUUGUCAGACACCAAUUUCUGUUGCCAUUGCUCAACAACUAUUAAGUAUUAUUGAAGUAUAGGCGAGGAUGAAGAAGAGGGCCGCCGGAGUGUGGCGGCGGCGGCGAUGGUGGCCGUGGCGGCAGGUUCUGAUUGUGUGGCUGGCGAUUGGGUUUCAGAUGGUUUUGCUCACAGAGUGUUCUUUGAAACGGCAGAAAAUGCCAAAGAAGCAUAUCCAUGCAGAACAAGAAUCCUAUCCACCGGUUCAAUUGCUUAGACAGGAUGAUUAUGAUGGGCAAGUGGUGGUGGAUAAUGGUCUGUUCAGAAUCACAUUUUCUACCCCCGGUGGACAGGUCACUGGAAUACAGUACAAUGGAAUUGAUAAUUUACUGGAAACUGUAAAUUUGGAAGAUAAUUACAGAGGGUACUGGGACAUUGUUUGGAACAAAGCAGAUACGCCUGGUAACAUUAUUGAUAAGCUUGAAGGGAGUAAUUAUACGAUAAUAAUGGAAGAUGAUAAUAAAGUAGAGCUUUCAUUCACAAGGACAUGGGAUAGUACUACUUCUAAUGGCUCCAAUUUUCCCAUGAACUUUGACAAAAGGUAUGUGGUGUUGCGUGGAUGCAGUGGGUUUUACUCUUACGGUAUUUUUGAACGUUUAGAUGGUUGGCCAGACAUCGAUGUGUACCAAGGACGAAUUGUGUUCAAGCUCGACCAAAAGUUGUUCCAAUACAUGGCUAUGUCUGAUGAGAGGCAACGGAUCAUGCCAACUGCCCAAGACAGAAAAAAGGGAAAAGUACUUGAUUACCCAGAAGCGGUUCUCUUGACACAUCCAAAAAACUCUUUUCUCAGAGGAGAGGUCGAUGACAAGUACCAAUAUUCCGUGGAAAACAAGGAUAACCGAAUCCAUGGGUGGAUAAGUCCAAAACAACCAACCGGGUUCUGGAUGAUCACCCCGAGCAAUGAAUUUCGAAAUGGUGGACCAGUAAAACAAGACCUCACUUCUCACACUGGACCAAUCACUCUAUCAAUGUUUUUCAGCACACACUAUGCUGGAGAGAAAUUGGGACUAAAAUUCAGGAAUGGAGAGCCAUGGAAGAAGGUUUUUGGCCCAGUUUUCAUGUAUUUAAACUCAGAUAAUCUUGAUCUCUGGGCUGAUGCAAAGGAACAGAUGUUCAUAGAAACCGAAAGCUGGCCAUACAAUUUCCCGCAAUCACAAGACUUCUAUCCACCUCAACAACGAGGCCUAGUAACGGGCCGGUUACUAGUCCGGGACAGCUAUGUUAGUGAAAGGCUGAUGACAGCAAAUUCGGCUUCCGUGGGGCUUGCAGCCCCGGGCGAUCCAGGAUCAUGGCAAGUCGAAAGCAAGGGCUAUCAGUUCUGGACUCAAACUGAUGCAGAAGGGUAUUUCUUGAUUAACAAUGUGAUUCCAGGGAAUUACAGCUUGUAUGCUUUUGUGCCUGGGUUCAUGGGAGAUUACAGAUACAGUUCCUACAUUACAAUCACACCAGGAUCAAAAACCAGGCUGGAAAAUCUGGUUUUUGAUCCUCCCAGAAUAGGUCCAACGUUGUGGGAAAUCGGCAUCCCUGACAGGACUGCUGCAGAGUUUUUUAUCCCGGAUCCUUAUCCAACCCUCAAGAAUCAAUUAUACUCAGAAGACACUUCAGAAAAGUUCAGGCAGUAUGGAUUGUGGGACAAGUACACAGAACUGUACCCUGAUCAGGACUUGGUUUUUGCAGUUGGAACUAGCAGCUAUCAGAUUGAUUGGUUCUUCGCCCAUGUUAAUAGAUAUAUACUCGGGGAUGAAGGAAACAAGACGUAUGUGCCGACCACAUGGACAAUUGAGUUCAUUCUUGACAACGUUGAUGAAUCUGGGCAUUAUACCCUAUGGGUUGCAUUGGCAUCAGCACAUGAAGCUGAAUUGCAGAUUAGAGUGAAUGAUCCAGAGGGGGAAGUCCCACAUUUCACAACUGGUUUCAUAGGCAAAGACAAUGCAAUUGCCAGACAUGGGAUUCAUGGCUUGUACUGGCUGUUUUGUGUUGAUGUUCCAGGGUCUCUUCUUGUCAGUGGAAGCAACUCAAUCUUUCUCAGGCAGGCAAGAGGCUCCAGCCCUUGGAAAGGGGUAAUGUACGAUUACAUUCGUCUCGAAACGCCUCAUUCAAAUGAUUAGUUUUACACAACAUUGUACAUAGGGUGAAUUUCGAGUUUCUUUUGUCCCCGGGAUAAAAGAAAUAGGGAAUUUUUAGAUUAGAAAUAGUACAUUGGAAAGGGGUAAUGUAUGAUUAUAUUCGUCUAGAAGCACCUCCUCCAAAUCAUUAGUUUUACAUACAACAUUAUACGAGAAAUAUAGGAAAUUCGUUAGUGGUUGUGGGUUUUCACCGUUAGAAAGUGUACCAUGGCCUAUGUUUCUUAGCAUGUUUGGAGGCUAGUAGAUGACUAGAUGGUAAUGCAUGCAGUAUUGCAAUUUUGUCUCCCAAAUGUGGCAAUACAUACACAUUCUUUGAUUUGAUAACAAAUAAAUUAGCAAUA